AUGUUAUUGUAUAUAUUUAUAGGAUUAUUUGUCCUAUUCAUUUACUUUACAUGUUUGAAAACAUAUAUCAAGUUGAUUUAAUUGAAAUUAACACUUGGAAAUAAGGCUAUUAUAAGAUUCUAUCCUUUAACAGGUGAUUUUGCAUAAAUACCAAAAUCCAACUAAUUAUAUGGAGAUGGAUUAAAACACUUUUAAAAACGAGUAUUUGAUAAUCCCAAUGUUAAAUUUGUAUUAAGUAAUCUUAUGCAUGAACCUUUAAUUGAAAUUUAUGAUCCAGAGUAUUAUAAAGAAGUAUUUAUCAAUCAUGAACUUUAUCAAAGAGCAGAUGUUUUAUAUCAUGAGUAUAAAUGUAUAAUAAUAAAGAAAAUUAACAUCAAGAGGAAUAUUAUAUUCAGAAGGAUAAAAAUUCAAAUAAUAAAGAUCUAUAUUGGGUAAUCAUUUUACUUAUGAUAAAUUAAAAGAAAGAAUUCCUAAAGUUAAUUAAGUUGUAUAAGAAAAAAUAAAAAAUUAAGAUAUCAAUCAACUUCAUAAAUUUUUAGUUGAUUUAACAACAGAAAUUGUUAUGAAAUCUUUCUUUGGAGGUGAAACUUUAGAAUUUAAAUUAAAUGGUUAAAGUGUUCCAGCUGAAAUCUUAGAUUUAGAUGAAGAAAUGGGUGCCUAAAAUCUAUUUAAUCCUUAUGUAGUUUUAAAAAGAUUGAUAUUUGGAAGAAAAGGAGAUAAAAUAUUUCCAAGCCCUUCAUAAAAACAUUUAAAUCAAAGAGUUGAUAGAUUAAUUGAUUUUAUCACCUCUUAAAUAAAUUAGAAAUUAUCUAAUUAAAAUAAUAAAGGAAAUGAUUUUCUAGAUAUAUAUGUAGAUGCCUAUUUAAAAUAAUAAAAUGAUACUAAAAUUGAAAUUUUAGAAAUAUGUUCCAUGUUUAUCACUAUGUUUGCUGCUGGUUCAGGUACAUCAGUAAAUGCUUUAACUAUGACAUUAUAUUUCUUAGGAUUAGAACAAGAAGCUUAAAAAGAAAUAAGAGAAUAAAUUUUGUAAGUUUUGAAUGGUCAAACAGAAGUCAAAGAUAUUCAUCUUUAAUAAUUAACUAAAUUAACAGCCUUCAUUUAGGAAAUGUUUCGUUUCAAGGCUCCUCUAUUUGCACCAUUUAUUAGAAAGGCUAAAAAGACUCAUUACAUUAAAAAUUUAAAAAUAGAUAAAGGAACUAAUGUACUAGUUCUAUUUGCUGCUCCAGGAUGGUCAAAUAAACAUUAUGAUAACCCAGAUAAAUUUGAUUAUAAAAGAUGGUUAAAUGCUAACCCAAUAAAAGAGGAUAAUGGAUUUGUAUAUAUGCCUUUUUCAGCUGGAAUGCGAAAUUGCAUAGGUUAACAUAUGGCUUAAUUAAAUAUGAAAGUUAUUCUUAGUCAUAUUUUAAUGAAUUACAAUAUUACAUUGGAUCCUAAUUUAUAAGUUAGAUUCCCAAUAAACUUUUAGAUAGAUAUUGAACCAGAUAAUAUAAUAAAAUUUGAAAGAAUCAAUUGA